AUGCCCGAAGCUCGAGUCAACUCGGAUGGUACCUGCGCUCCCCGCCCAAGGCAGCUCUCCUUGCAUCGACCGAAUCAUUAUCCGGAGGGACUUCUCAAUAAUUCGGACCCAGCAUCAAUCUUGACAAACCCGCACUACAACAAAGGAACGGCUUUUACGGCAGAGGAACGCAAGGUCCUCCAUCUUGAAGGUCUUCUUCCAAGGAUGUACAUCUCGCAAAACGACAAGGGACAGAUUCGCAGGAUUCUAGACAAUUGGAAGCCUAACGUCAUCGGUGAAGUCUCCAUCAUUGUGGUGACCGACGGAUCUCGCAUUCUUGGAUUGGGUGAUCUUGGAGCGUGUGGAAUGGGAAUCCCUGUCGGAAAAUUGUCGCUUUAUGUCGCAGCGGGGGGAUUUCAUCCAGCGACGACCCUUCCUGUUGUCAUCGAUGCAGGAACAAAUAAUCAAUCCCUCCUCAAGGAUGAGUUUUAUUUGGGACAACGCCAACCUCGUCUUGCUGAUCCAGAAUAUUACGCCUUGGUGGAUGAGUUUAUGAGCGCUGUGAAGGAUAAAUGGUCGAGUGCUCUUCUUCAGUUUGAAGAUUUUUCAAAUAAUCACUGCUUUGACUUGUUGGAAAAAUAUAGAAACAAACAGUUAUGUUUCAACGAUGAUAUCCAAGGCACUGGCGCGGUGAUCGCAGCUGGAUUCUUGAAUGCGCUGAAGAUCACGAAAACUCUGCCUCGUGAUUGCAGAAUCUUGUUUCUUGGUGCUGGUGCUGCAGGGAUUGGUGUUGCAGAUCAAAUCGGUCGUGGCCUACAGCAGCGCUACAACUUAUCGAGAGAGGAGUGUUUUCCACUGUUUUUCAUGGUUGAUUCUAAGGGACUCGUCACACGCCAUAGAGGUGACGAGUUAGCAUCAUUCAAGGUGCCUUAUGCACGUCAAGACAUCAAGGAAAAUGUUGUCGACCUGUUGGAUAUCGUGAAACUUGUCAAGCCAACGGCAUUGAUUGGACUAUCAGGGCAGCCAGGAGCGUUCACUAAUGACGUUCUUAGGGUCAUGGCUGCAGUAAAUAAGAAGCCGAUCGUGUUCCCGUUGUCAAAUCCAACCAACAAGGCGGAAUGUUCUUUCAAAGAUGCAUUUGAGAUCUCGGACGGGCGAGUUGUUUUUGCCUCAGGGUCGCCUUUUGACCCAAUUACAUCAGAAGGAAAGACAUACGUCCCUAGCCAGGGCAACAACUUAUAUACAUUCCCGGGUCUUGGAUAUGGAGCCUGGCUUUGCAAAGCAAAGAAGGUGACAGAUGAAAUGGUCACAGCGGCAACUCUCGCCUUGGCGGAUUCGGCAACAGCAGAAGAUUUAGAGAGUGGAUGUCUGUAUCCAUGCCUCUCUUCUGUUCGUGAAAUAACAGCAACAGUCGCUGCGCGUGUGAUCCAAUGCGCUAUAGAUCAAGGGGUCGCCGGCGCGAAUCAACUUCCAAAAGACUUGGUUCGCUACGUCAAGCGUCAUCGAAAAUCAGCUAGUGAACCUGAAGAAUGA